UGAUUCAGCGGCUCCGGUUGGCGGGCUGCACGCGCGUCCACUCCUCUGCGCUCGCGCUGUUUCGGCGGCGGCAGGGCGGGGUUUGUUUUGAGAGCGGACCGGAGAGAGAAGACUCACCAGGGAAGAUGGCGACCGCAGGGUCUGCCGAACGGCCUGGGAGACCGGCCAGCGCCACGGCCGCCGGCACGUCCCGGGCCGGGCUCGCAGCUCGGUGCCGGUCCGGGUCCAGCCCACCCGAGUACGAAUCCAAGAAGUGCAUGGCGUGCGCGGAGACCGGAGGCAGCCCGGCCGGCAGACACCUGGCCUGUCCGCUCUGCCUAGCCCCCAGACACUCCGGCAGCGAGGAGCGGCUCCGCGGGAGGAGCGACCACGAGAGUAGCAGCAGUAGGCCGGGCGGGAGGGACUGCGACAGCCGGAGAGAGUUCUUCGUCUCUCCGGUGCUCAUCCCGAAGUCUGCCGACGCUCCUUCAGGCCCGAGCGGGAAACACAAGCUGCUGCUGUGUGACGACAGAGAGGAGGUGAAGAGGAGGAGCUCUCUGAACUGUAAAGACGAGUCAGUCCGUCGUGAUGAAGAUCCGGGCGUCCUGUCUGACUCCGAGAACGAGGAGCCGAUCAGCAGGAGGAUCCGAAACAUCUCAGCCUUUAUCAGGAAAACCAAAAACUCAUCCGCUGGGAGUUGUCAGAGGAGCAGGAGCUGCACUGAUCCUGUGGAGGAUGGAGGAGGAAAGAUGAAACUUGUCACCCAGCCGGCAGCCGUGAUGGACCGGGUUGGCAUCAGCCACAGCUAUGCGGCAGGAAUCCUCCUCUCCUCUGAGAACAGCCGCUCUAUCUCCGCCCCCAUCACCGCUCCCGAUCGGAGGCUCACCUGGCGAGCUGUGCUGACAUCAUCUUCCUCGGCUCUCCUGUGCAUGCCUCCUCCCCGCCCGGAGCGCUCCAUCAGCCCCGAGAGCAACGACAGCAUCUCCGAGGAGCUCAACCACUUCAAGCCCAUCGUCUGCUCGCCAUGCACGCCACCCAAGCGCCUCCCGGACGGCCGCCUGAUGGAGCCCACCAUCGUGAAGUCCACGCCCCGGAACCUGACCCGCGGUCUGCAGAAGGCCACCAGCUACGAGGCCAGCCCUGCCGUCCUGCAGAAGUGGAGGCAGAUCGAGCUGGACCGCCAGAGCCUCAAGGUGAACUCCAAGGCCACGCUGACGAGCCCCGUCUCCGAGGUAAACCACAACAAGCUCGGCAUGGGUGGCGAGGGUGCAAAGACGCGCCAGUCCCCGGCAGGAGACGCAGUGACGUCAGCAAACAAGAGGAGGCUGCUGUUCGACUCUCCAGCCGGCGACACGGACAGCUUCCAGAAGCAGUCGGUGAAGAUCCGCGUCCCUGCGGUCCGCUACAGCAGCGAGUCGACCUUCAAGGGAGGCUUUGAGCCGCCGGCCGGCACUCCUGAGUCCUGCAGCACGGGGGCGCUGUUCAGUCGGAAACAGUCGUUCUCGCCCUACACCAAGAACUCUGGGGUGCAGUCCUGUAAGUUAGUGCCAAAGGACUCUCAGAGUCCCAGGAAGGAGUCCGACAGUAGCAUCCACAACCAGACUACCUCACGGAGGGGCAAGAAGAGGAAGCAGAAGACCAAACAUCUGGACUCGAGCCGCGACUUGGAUCUGAAGAGGGGCCGGCCCGUCAACCAGGAAGCGCUGGACGAACGGUACAUCUGCCAGAUUCAGCAGGAGCGGCAGGAUCGAGCGCUCGCCCUGAAGCUGCAGAGACAGUUCGACCGCGAGAACCAGAACCGUAGAAGGAGCCCCGACAAGUAUUUCCUGCGGUCCUGGAUGUCCACUCAGAGCCGCAGGAGGCGUGGUCUGAGGAGGUCCAGACGAAUCAACAAGAAGCACUAGACAGACGGGAAGGAUCUCAUAUAUGCAAAGACACGAAAGGCGAAGGUUUAAUGAACGUAUGAAUGUUUUCACUCGUCUGACAAACGGGUUUGUAACCUGGAGACGUUUCUUCCAAACACCAGCAGAUCACCAAAAACUGAACCUUCAGCUACAGGACGGCGCGACAGUCGUCACCACAGGAAACCUCCUGGAAGUGUUUGAACUCAGAGGCUUAAUCUGAGCUUUUUUACAGAUCGCAUGGCCGAGUCGUUUCUCUGCAGCUGGAACAAAGAAAGCUUUCACAGGUUCAACCAUAGUCACGUGGCCCGGAGCAAAGGAUGUUUAUGUUGAGCUUCCAGUUACAGAUCCAGGGUGGAUGUGAGGCCCUGAAGGUCACAAUGUCUGAGCUGAACAUCGCCUCGCAUCCCGACACCGCUGAAGGCGACGGCGGUGUUUAAUCCGUAUUUGUGCGCUGCGUUCCAAACACAGCAGCCUGCUCAUCAUCUGAACUGUUGCAAAGGUUCAGAUGAAGGCAGGCUGCACGCUGCCGGGCCGAACACGACUCUGUCGGUUCAGUCCGGUGCGCUCCACGCGAUGAUGAUGAUGUUUAUUAAUAUAGUUCAUUUAAAUCUCACCGGCCUCACAGUGAUCUCCCAGAGGCCGAGGAAAAUCUAAAAGGAGCUUUAUGGAAAGAAAUGAGAUGAGGGACUUUUCCUUUGCUGCUAGCGUGAGUGUCGGCCUGAGCUGCUGUUUGACAGAAAUCUGUCUUUGUAUUUGUGACCGUUUAUGAAGCCCAGUUUGAAUAAAAUAGUUAAAAGUGAUUUUUUAUUGGCUCCAAAACUCCAGACUGUCAGAACUUUCCAAAAGUCCAAAAUCAUGAUUCGUAUGUAUUUCGGUAGCUCAGAGCGUGACACGCGUCUCUUCAUUCAUAUCUGAAGUGAACACAUAUCUGAACACAUCACUUCCUACCUGACGGUCCCUCUGGGUGUGCAGGUAACCCUCCACCCCUGAAAGCGUGACAUGUACCUGGUAUUACCCUCUGAGGUGAUACUGAGGAGCACCGACGGUCGCUGUGACGCAGGUUUCUGUCAGCAGCACGUCUUUGCCCCGGGCAGGUGGAAGUUACCCCUGGUUUAUCCUCGUGAGAACUUUCCACAGGUUAAUCAAAGUCCAGCCGACCUGCAUGUGUUGGGAAUGCAGGAGAAACCAGAACCCGCUCAAAUAUAAGGAGGUGUUGAGUCAGACUUCUCCCAGCAGCUGAGGAUCAUGGGACAUAAACUUCCUCUAGUAUAGCUGCUGGUGUCAUCCUGGUCUUCCAGUCUGAAAGUCGGAGCUGCCGAGGCUCGUGGGGACUGCAGUCUUUAGAACCCGAUUGGUCAGGAAGGAUUUCUACCUGAAUUCGGAUCAGGAGACUCACCUGGUCACUCUCAAGGAGCGAGGAGCCGUGUGAUUGGACGAGCUUUAUGGCCUGUGAUGUCAGAUGCUGGUGCAUUCAGACCAAAUGUGAAUUUACUGUGGUCACAGAGCUCUGACUGUGGUACUUUUAAUAAUUAUUGAUUUAUAAAAAUCACGCUGGAGUCAGAGUUAGAACGUCACCUGUGGUCCACAGGAAGCAGGUGAGGCAGGUGGCUGUAGAGCCGACAGCCAUUUAGCAGCGAGGUUAGAGCCCCAUCUCUAUGUAGAGAAACUUCCACGAUUGGGCCAAGCUGAACCAAUCAGUGAGCGAGUUCAAGCUUUCGGGGACAAAAUCCACCCUGACCCU